AGUCACUUUGUUCUGAUCUCUUUCUCUUUCUUUCUUCGAAGCCAUGGCAGAGAAUCAUGAAAGUAGUAGAAAUCAUGUUGUCAGUGUUGAAGAUGACAAACCUUCCUCCAAAACCAACCAAGAAUCAAGCAGGGCCGUUCUAUCUGUUCCCUUUAUGCAGAAGGUCAUUGCUGAGGUGUUGGGCACAUACUUCUUGAUAUUUGCUGGUUGUGGGGCUGUGAUAGUGAAUUUCAACACAGACAAGACGGUGUCGUCUCCGGCGGUUGCAAUUGUAUGGGGACUAGUUGUCAUGGUGCUCAAUUACUCAGUUGGUCACAUCUCCGGUGCCCAUUUCAAUCCCGCUGUCACUAUUGCUUUUGCUGCUACUAAGAGGUUUCCAUGGAAGCAGGUACUCCCUUAUAUUGCUGCUCAAGUCUUUGGAUCAAUACUCGCAAGUGGUACCCUUAGGCUUAUAUUUAACCACCAUGAAGACCAUUUUGUUGGAACAAGUCCUAGUGGAACUCAACUGCAGUCUUUCGUGAUUGAGUUCAUCAUCACAUUUUACCUCAUGUUUGUUGUUUCUGGUGUGGCCACUGAUAACAGAGCGACUGGAGAGCUUGCUGGGCUUGCAGUUGGCUCCACAAUUCUUCUGAAUGUGAUGUUUGCAGGGCCAGUUACAGGAGCAUCAAUGAACCCAGCAAGAAGCUUAGGCCCUGCAAUUGUCUGGAGCCAAUACAAAGGCCUAUGGAUUUACCUUGUGUCACCGAUUCUUGGAGCAUUAUGUGGUGCCUUGGUCUACAAUGUUAUCAGAUUUACUGAUAAGCCUCUGCAUGAGCUCACCAAGACUAGCUCUUUCUUGAAAGGCGUCGACCGCACCUAAUCGAUACAAACAGAAGAGGGAUCUGCUAUAAGUCGCUAUAAACAAGUCAUUCUUCAACCGUAUGCCAAUUUUGUAUACGAUCCACAAUUGGGUAGCUCAUCUUG